AAUGCUGUCACGAGGCGACUGGCGUUCUGCAUGAUUAUGUGUCAUUCCUUUCCGAAAAUGGAAGAUUAAUCGACACAUUGGUUAAUUUUCUAGAUGUCAUUGAAAAGAGCCCCAUGAUGCUUCCAAGCCCAGUAAUGUCAACCCCAUUUUCUGUCAAGGAUAUAUUGAAAUUGGAGCAGCAAUCUCACCACCUGCACAGCCAAUCUCUACAUCCAGCGCAUCAGCAAACACACUUGCACCCGGACUUGCAGCAACGUUUUCAGACACCACCAUCUUGCUUGCUCGGCGGUGGAGACAGCCCUAGUUUCUCGGAUAGUGAGGACAGGAUGUCUUUUCUGAACUCGCUCUCUGUGCAGGACAGCUUGGUAGAAAGUAGUCUUUCUCCACCGAUAUUUGUUCAUUCCGCUUUGGGACAUGUCGACCCCAAAUUAGAGGAAGAUCUGGAAGACCAGGAAUCCAAAAGCUGCGGCGCUGCCCUCCGUUCCACGGAAUGCGAAGCUGAGAUCCAUUCAGAUACAGAAAGAGCUCAGAGACAGAGAACCAGAAGGAAACCGCGAGUUCUCUUCUCUCAAGCGCAGGUCUUCGAGCUGGAGAGGCGCUUCAAGCAGCAGCGAUACUUGUCGGCUCCUGAGAGAGAACAUUUGGCUAGUACCCUGAAACUUACAUCAACGCAGGUCAAAAUCUGGUUUCAAAACCGAAGAUACAAGUGCAAACGGCAGCGGCAAGAUAAAACACUGGAGAUGGCAGGGCAUCAUCACCCACCGCCACCGAGACGAGUGGCAGUUCCAGUUUUAGUCCGGGAUGGCAAACCUUGUUUAUCUGGAUCGCAAAAUUACAACGCUACCUAUGCUGUCGGGCACAACCCAUACAGUUACAAUGGGUAUUCAACUUAUAAUAAUGCUGCAUAUACAAACGCCUACAACUGCACAUAUCCAAGUCUCCCAACUCUUUCAACAAACACAGCCGCCAAUCCAUUAAUGACCAUGAGUCUCAACAAUCUCGGAUCUCACUCCCAGCCCCAGUCAUCGCAAGGGACAUCAGUUUCACCAUGCCAAGGAACUUUGCAGGGUAUCCGUGCAUGGUAGUGCAUGGAAAAUCGCUACCCACCUGUACACUACACAAAUAACAAGCUUGACACUAAUGGCAGCCCAUUUUAGAUAUUUUGUUAUAAGUAAAGGUAUCAACCAACAGAGUAACAGUAUUGGACACUUUACAAUUUUGCGCAACAAAAGUACAACUGCUGAGUGCAUGUAAAUUAAGUUGUUUUCUGUUGAAAAUGUUUAUUGAACAUAAAGUUGUUAAAGCGCAGACAUCUCAAAACAUUGCAAAAUUGCAGACAACGCUACUCUGCGUUGGACCAAAUCUUGAAUAACAUUUGAAUAGAGGUUAUGGUACCCAUAUACCUAUGAAAAAGCUAUUUAUGCGUCAAGAAAGUGGGAAUUAUAUUGUUGGCUUCUUGCGUACAGUGCAAGUCAUCCUGUGUCUAGUGUUUAUGUUAUUGUUGCUUCGAUUUUUUAAAUUUAGAUGUGUGUUAUGCCUAGGGAAAUGGGGAAAGGUGAAAAAUAAUGGAAUUAGCAAAAAAAAAAAAAAAAGCAAAAUUCUAGGUCUGUUGAAUUCAUAAUGAUAUGUUCUAUAUGUAUCAAAAUAUGCAUUAAAAUUAGUAUGUAGCCAAAACGAUCAUCUAAUGCACACUGAAUCAGUAUUAACCUCCCCCACCAUCUUAAUCCUUUGCGGGGAUAUAAGUGGGUAACUGAAGGAACGCUAAGAUCCUUAUACUGAGUCUGAGUCAGUGUUUAAUGUCUGAUAACCCUUCUGUGCGCUUCCUCUUUCGGUUAUUUUGUUUUAUAAAAAAUAACAUUUUAUGUUUCUUGCCUUUACUUUGCAUGACAACAGUUAUAAAAUAAAGUCAGGAUAUUCAGUUUGAUCUAUAAUUAAAUGAAGCAAACGAUAUUUCAGAUAUAUUUGAAGUACUCAUUCGUUCACAUUUUCCCAAAACAAGUAUGAAAGCAAUUGUUGGUGUAGGCUAUUUAUGUUGAGGGAGGCCAGACACACUAUGCUUGUUGACGAA